CCACAAAACAGGUGCGUGCGAGCAGCGGAACACUCGGUGGGACAAACCCCUUUUUUGUGUGUGAUAUCGAUCAUUAUUCCCUCUACCGCGCUUAUCACCAAAUAUGCCACGAGUGCAUAGGGUGUUCUGUUUACUGGUAAUUGCCACCGUCGCCUCGCACGCCCAGAAUGGCAACCUGAAGAAUGUGCAAAGGCACCAACCGGCGCUCGUUUCCAGCGAUGGCCUUCACCGGUUGGCGGCGGAACCGAUGGCGUAUUUGAAUGAGGCUCUAGAGAAGCUGCUCGUCGAACGGGUGGUGGGAACGGAAGGUCACGAGCAGGUCAAAAACUACAUCGCCGGUCACAUGCGCCAACUCUCGUGGACCGUGGAGAUCGAUGAGUUCGAAGACACGACCCCGAUCUUCGGUAGGCAACGGUUUGCAAACGUGAUCGCUUCACUCAACCCGAACGCAAAGCGUAAUCUGGUGCUGGCAUGCCAUUACGAUAGCAAAUACUUCCCCGGCCAGCGAUUUAUCGGUGCCACUGACUCAGCCGUCCCGUGCGCUAUGCUGCUAACGAUUGCCACCACCAUGAACUCGUACUUGACCAACGUUAAGGAGAGGGACGAUGUGAGUCUACAAUUCAUUUUCUUCGACGGAGAAGAAGCCUUCGAACGGUGGACCGCAACGGACUCCAUCUACGGUGCACGGCAUCUAGCGGAACGGUGGGAAAAGGAGGAUCGGCUCAAAACGAUGGACAUGCUGGUGCUGCUCGAUCUGCUCGGUACGCCGGAACCGAACUUCUACAGCUACUUCGGUGAAACCGAAUCUUGGUACGUGCAACUUAUAUCUGCCGAAAAACGGUUGGAUGAGGUCGGACAUUUAGAGAACUACAGUACGAGCAGUGUGUCGCCGAAGCAACAAACCAUCUCCUACUUCCGGCCACAUUCCUUCAGUGCAGGCAUUGAAGACGAUCAUAUACCAUUCCUACGCCGAGGUGUUCCGAUUCUUCACAUCAUUCCAACACCGUUCCCCGACGUGUGGCACAAGCUGGAAGAUAAUGCGGACAUUGUAGAUUUGCCAACGGUGCGGAAUCUGGUCCGUGUUUUCCGCGUAUUCGUAGCCGAAUAUCUGCAUUUGCCGUUGUGACCAUUAAGGACCGAAUUGUAACAUCAAUUCGCCCGGAAAGUGUCGUUGUUAUUCCAUCUACUAGGCUUCCUUCCCAAUGCGUACUUAUGUAGGAUCGUUUUUAACCGUUUUUCAUUUUGGAAACUUGUUAUUAAAAACUGCUGAAGCAUAUCAUGUGAAAAAACGAAACACCAUUUUAGACCAACUGUGCAAUAAACAACUCAACUAUUGUUGACUUAGCCUUAAACGGCGGA